UUGUUGUGACUUUAUGGUAUCGUUAUUAUAAUAAUAUUACCAAUAUACGAGCGAUAAUGUCGAUAGAACGCAUCGUUACGCACGUUAGCCUCCCGCGGCCGCACCAGUAGUAGUGGUCCUGUAGAGUCCCGCGAACUACACUGCAGCUGUUGCUAUAUGGUCGCAUUCGGCACGACGAGACGUCUCAUCGGCAAAGUUUUCGUCGGCGAAUAUUUUUUCCGAUUAUUCUUGGCCGAGAUCCGGCGGUCGUCGUACGCAAUACCGCCUGUAUCGCUGUACACUACACGCGUAGCGUUAUAAUAUUAUUAUACAGAGUCACUCGUGUCGUCGGCGUCGUCGUCGCUCGUUUCUGCCGCCAACCGACAUGAACGCCAUGUCCCUCGGGAGCUCAGCAGCUGUCGUCAAGUAGUCGCCAAUAUACGGCAGCACCGCGGGAAGAAGCUGCAACGUCGUCGGUGGCCCAUAAAGUACAUCGCGUCGAAUUAUUAUAAUAUACCUUAAAAUACAGUGAGUGUGUCGUGUGUUCGUGUGUGUGUGUGAGCGUACAUGCACUCCUCGACGAAGGGAUGUAUUCUACGAGGCCGUCCGAGAUGAACGAGUACAAAUAUUCGAAAACCGCGUCGAUACUCGGCAAGCUCGUCCACGUAAUAAGGAUUUUCGGCGUGUUCACAGCUAUCGUCAUGUUUGGGGUAGGUGUCGACAUCGCGAUACAUCACCACGAAUUUGGACUUUACAUCAUGCUAAUGUCAUUGUUGGUGUUUUUUUUGGAAAUUACUUGGGCUAUCACGUUGUUCCUAAAUGUAUGCAUAAAAAACGAAUUCAGCCCGAUAUUCAACUUUUGGGAAAUAGUGCUGUGGUUGAGGCUUUGGAAGAAAUCAUUGCUGUACACAGUUUUCUCGCUGGUGUUUUUUUUAUGGCCACACGGUCUAUGGCUUUCUAACAUAGCAGGUGCCCUGCUGUUGUGGCUAUCAUUUUUAUACGUAGUCAUCACGUUCAAAGACUUCGUGCAGAAACGUUCGGACUUUGUCAUUGUGCCCAAAGGACAAGCGUCCACGUCGUACGACCAGUACGACGACAUAACUGAUUUGCUCGGAGAUUCUAUUCAUGUGUCGUUGUCCGCCGACAAUCUAUCGGAAUUGGACCAGGAUGGAAUAUUAGAACUAUAAUAAUGUUGUUAUGUACAAAUAUUUAUGUUAUUUUUAAUAAUAUAUUCUGUAAAUACAUUCUUAUUUAAUAUUUAUUAAAUAAAUAAAAUAUAAUUUGUUUUGUUAACUAUA